UCCCACUCCUGCUGCACAGAGACGGUGCUCUUGGCCUUGGACGUUAAUAAAAUGCUGGAUUCAAUCAAGUGUGUUCUGGUGGGAGACUCUGCAGUUGGGAAAACAUCUCUCUUGGUACGUUUCACCUCUGAGACUUUUCCAGAUGACUACAGACCCACCGUGUAUGAAAAUACCGGAGUGGAUGUCUUCAUGGAUGGUGUACAGAUUAGCUUAGGUCUUUGGGACACAUCUGGCAGUGAUGCCUUUAAAGGCAUUCGCCCCCUCUCCUACCAACAGGCAGAUGUGGUAUUAAUGUGCUACUCGGUAGCAAACCACAAUUCCUUUCUGAACCUGAGGAACAAAUGGAUCAGCGAGAUCCGCAGCCAUUUGCCCCGCAUCCCCGUCUUGGUGGUGGCCACUCAGACUGACCAGCGUGACACGGGUCCCUACCGUUCCUCCUGCAUCAGCCCGAUAGACGGAAAGCGGCUCGCCCAGGACCUGCGAGCCAAAGGCUAUUUGGAGUGCUCUGCCCUCAGCAACAGGGGGGUGCAGCAGGUGUUUGAAUAUGCUGUGCGGACAGCGGUCAAUCAAGCCAAAAGGCAGAACAGGCGGAAGCUCUUCUCCUUUAAUGAGUGCAAGAUCUUUUGAGGACUGUCAGCAGUGGUUUUGCUUAUGUUUGUUCAUUCUGUUUUCUCACAAAGAUACUGCAGCAGAGAGAAUGGGAGGUGAAUCAAAGGAGGGCUUCUGGCAGGACCACAGUGCAGGUGCCUCUUGUGAGACAGAUGUGCUCUUUAUCUGAUCCUCUCCCCUCCAAAACACAUGGGCGCUAUCUUGAAAAAUGAAAGGUGCAUAUCCUUAUUCACAAGCCUGUGUUUGGACUUUGCUAGCCUGGACUGGAGCAGGCCUAGUCUGGAGAUCUGCAGAUAACAGCUGUACUGAUUUUGUUUUUGUUUCUGUCAGUGUUCCUCAGUUGUUGAUUUGUCUGCAUCUGCAUUUAUUUAAUGACAAACUUCUGCCUGAAUCAACCCCCACCUCUGUCCAUGUGGAUUUUUUUUACUUAAGAACUUAGUAUAUAAAACCUAACCAAUGUGUAUUUUAUUUAGACGACUCUUGUAUAUAUUUUUGUAAAAUCCCAAAAGUUUAGUUUAAUAUUUUGGAGGUUCUCCCUUUAGCUAACCACAGAAAUGAAUUGUGCUAUCCAUGUAAUAAAUGGCCUGCAGGCAAGCCUAGCACUUCUUAGACAUGCGUCGGUCAUUGUGUAACAGCCAUCAGUAUGUCCAGCAUAGGAGUGAUCAAAACUUAAUGACUUUUGACAGCUGUCCUGCAGUUUUGUGAGAUUUGUUACCUUAGUAUGUUCCUCACCAACGUGGUCAAAGAUGGGAAAUUAAUCUGAUUCUUCCUAGACUUCAGUGGGUUGCAUCCUCCGCAGGGCUUGCAGACAGGGUUGGUUUAGACAUAUGGUUGGGCUGGCAGGAAUUAAUCUGUGCUACCAUCACCUCUGUUGUCCCUGCUGUAAUUCUGGAGGCAAAAGAUUUCAAUCUCCAGAGAUGGAAGGUAUUUUUUCAUGAGCACUUAAAUUCUCACAUAUUUUUAGCCCACUUUUUUUUGAAGCAGUGGUUUUAGUGAAACCAGUCACCUACAUUAGUAAAAGAUUGUAUACAGAACAAGGUUGCAUGGGUGUCUUUAGAAUAGCUAAAUGACUUUUUUUUUUUUGAGUUUGCAUGCUAAGUAUAACUGCCUAGGUUGUAUCCAAGUAAGACUGAAACAGGUUUUGCAUCCUGGGGAGCCUGUCAAGUCUAAGAGUCAAAUCCUGAUGUAUGUACUGGGGCCAAGUUACCCUCCUGCACAGAAAGGCAGGCUAAGGAGACGUGAACUUCAGGUGUGUAGGAGAACUCUGCUAGAAGAUGUAGUGGGCUCAAGACACAAUGCUGUACAUUCUUUGUGAAUUGCGGCGGUUCCCUCUUCCUUGGAUUAUCUGUCCCCUCUGUCCUGCACCCUCUCUCAGGUCUUGCAGAUCUGUCUCAUCCCAAGAGAAUUUCUUAGUCCAGCAGGAUUUCCUUUGUCCCUUUCCCUGUCCUUCAGCUAGCUCGUAAAUAACCUUUGAGGGGCUUAUAGCGUGGUGCCAUAAAAGAUGCCACAUAGCACAGUAGGAUUAUCUCACCUGUGAUGUAGUGAGCAAGUAUUUACAUUGUGGGCACCUUGAAUACCAGUGGGGCAUGGAACACCUGGUACUGUGAUUGUUCCACCAGCUUCUAGACUGUUGAAUAUUUACCACUCAUCGACCUGAUUGUAAGGGAGGCUUCUGAUCAUAAAAAUAUCCUGGUCUCAUAUGAAGUUUUUAUAUCUUUAAAUCUUUAUUUAUUUAAAUCUAGCCUUAAAUCUUUACAAACUUCUGUACCUGAGCACACAAGACAAGGACUUCUGUCAUCAUCCAUCUUUCCUGAAUUCUUCUCUUUCCUACUUCUCUUUCUGCUCAAGUGUUGAUUUGUUCCUGAAACACUAAAACUGACAUAUUUGUAAAAGAAUCUGAAUGGCAUUGUACUUGUGCAGAGUUACGCAAGUGGCCAGGUGUUUGCGGUCCUCGGUUAAAAAUCUUUUGGCUUUUGGGAGAAAUGCUUCUACAUGUCAACUCUUGCAACGCCUCUUCUCUGGAAGUCUUGGGUUUUGUAACCCUAUUUAAAAGUAGCUAUUGUUACUGUUUGAACAUUAAAGAUUGCAUGCAAAUGUCAUGUUAUGAAUUUUCCGAUCUGUUACAACUGGAGACAUUUUUGUUAUGUUCCCCACUCCACUAAUGGAUUUAAUACCUGGUUUCAACUAUUUUUAAGCCAUAUUUUUUCCAGAAUGCUCUAUUCAAUUGUCUUUUUUUUCCCUCAGUGGGUUAAAGUUUGUUUACAGCAGUUCAUGCUGACAUUUUUGUGUGCUGAAGAGCAGUAAUCUCCAGAUGAGAAUGCUGUGUUGUGGUAUUUGCCACAAAGUGCCACAUUCAGGCACCAAAAGGCUCCACAGAAUUGUUAUCACAGACGAAGCCAGAUAAAGAUGUGCUCCAGAAUCACACUGUAACUGAAAAUCUCAUCUCAUCUGUCUUAGAUUCCCGAAGCUUGUUACUGUAUGUUACAAAAUGAAGAAAUCGAUGUCUGCUGCAAUUCAAUGAAGCCAAGUGGAUAGGCUUCCUUGAGAUGCCUGAACUGACAAUACAGGGCACACAUGAAAUUUAGGGAUGGCUUGAUAUAUUCUUGAUUGUUCAUUCUAGAGCCAGUGCAAGGUGUGAGGCCACUGAAAGCCAGCUGAUUUUUAAAAUCAAUUUGGAAAGAGUAUAAAGUAAUGGGGAUUUUGGUUUGGUGCUCUGUGAAAAAAGGGUUCAGAUUUUCACAGUGUGGUUAUUUUCAGACUCUCAACGCUAAAAGGCACUUUUCACUAGGAACAAACUGUGAAGCACAGAUAUUUUAGUGUCUGUAAUUAUGCAGUUUCCCCUGAGCUAUAGAACUGAUGUGCUCAAAAAGUGUGGCAACCCCAAUACAGAGGUUGAAAUCUAGACACACCAGAACUCAGAUGAAGAUUUGGCCAAAUGGUAUAUUGGGGUUUGCAGCUUGCACAACUGCAGUCCUGUUGUCUGUAGUGGGAAAAAUGAGGGACUGCCGAGGUCUCCUGUGAAACCCUUCCAGAGUGGUUUUCCUUGUAUUUACUUGGGUAACAGGGUCCCUGGGUACUGUUUAAAGGUUAAAACCUGGCUCUGGUAUUUAAAGUACAUUAAAAUGACACAUGUGAAAUUUCAACUUCUUUUGCUCUGAAAAACAGCAAAACUAAAAAGUGUACAGCCUUGUCUCAGUUGGGUCAAGCUUUCAGCUGAGGGAAGAGACCUUGUACAAAUAUUCUCCUUCUAUCUUCUCAAACUGGUCCCUUCCAGUUUGUUAUUCUGUUGCUAAUCUUAUUUUUGCUUGCUAUUAAAAUAGAUGUUUUUUUAAAAGAAGGAUUAUUUUAAACACAGAUUUCCCAGGCUUUUAAACUUACUUGAUACGUAACAUACAAUAUAAAUACUUUCUACAAGUAAAUAGAAAAAAUAUGUUUCAAAUCAUUACUCUUGCCCCUCUAAUUUUUCAGAUGGAAAAUUAUUCAAGCUUACUAGAUAUAAUUGAUAUUGUUUUUCCUGAUUUUUGCAAUUAACAGUUCGCAAUUUUUUGUGCAAUUUUUGUGGGUACUCUGCGAUUACUAAAGUCUGUGAACACAGACUAGCUGAUGCUUGUGUUAAUAAAGAAAAUGUGUUUAAGGGACUCUAUAUAUGGCACCAUUAUGAAGGAAGCCACCAGAGGGAUCAGACAUGAAGGAAAAGGAAAUGUCAGCACUCUUGAUAUCUCAGCCUUUCCUGUGUUACUAUGGCAUUUGAGUGAAUACAGCCAUUAGAAUAAUUUCUAAUAAAUGGGGCAAUCCAUGUCUUUUUAGCACUUUUCUCAUAAUGCUUUGGUUGCACACAGCUCAGGUUACUAUAAAAGAAAUAAAAAGCUUCAUUUCAUAACA